AUGGCCGCCAUGGACACUGCUUCUGCUGCUGCUGCUGCUGCAUCCAUGGACAAAGGAUGGCUGGCCUUCGACACCGGCACCAACCGCUGGCCUCGGCAGGAGACUCUCUCCCUUCUUGAGAUCAGAUCUCGUCUUGAUUCCAAGUUCAGAGAAAAUAAUCAAAAAGCUCCCUUGUGGAAUGAGAUUUCUAGGAUAAUGGCUGAGGAAUUUGGGUACCAAAGGAGUGGGAAGAAAUGCAAAGAGAAGUUUGAGAAUUUGUACAAGUAUUACAAGAAGACCAAGGAGGGAAAAGCUAGUAGACAAGAUGGGAAACACUACAGAUUCUUCAGGCAACUUGAAGCUAUAUGUGGUGGCAGCGGCGGCUGCAGCGGCGGAAGUGGUGGAGAUUCAUCAAACACUACUCAUAAUAAUAAUCUUCAUGCCUUAGCUUCAAACACUGCUUCAGCUUCUGUUGCUGGUGCUAAUGUUCAAACCCCAAGAAGCUUCAAUGGUGAUCAUCAUAACAAUAAUAGCUUGAUCAAGUGUUCAGAGAGCUUGAGUUUUUCGAACUCGUGUGAACUGGAGACAUCGUCAUCUGAGAACAAUGAUGAGGAUCUUUCAGCCAUUGCAUACAUGAUGAAGCACUCCACAUCUUCAAGGGACAACAAUAAUAACAAGCAGAAAGGGGUGCAAUUGGAUGAUGAUCAUCAUGGGGGAAGGGUGAGAAGAAGAAGAAGCUUGAGGGCAAAAGUGGAAGAGAUAGUUGGUUCCCACAUGAGGAAGAUCAUCGAGACACAAGAUGCAUGGAUGGAGAGAAUGGUGAGUGUUGUUGAGCAAAGGGAGAAGGAGAUGGCAUCCAUGGAGGAAGAGAGGAAGAAGAAAGAGUCAAUGAGGUUUGACCAAGAGGUAACGGAGCUUUGGGCAAAAGAGAGAGCUUGGGUUGAAGCAAGGGAUGCUGCAUUGAUAGAAGUUGUAAGAAAACACAUUGGAAAUGGAAACAAUAAUAGCAAUAAUAAUAAAGAGUUUGAGAUUAUUGAAGCAUUGGCACCUCAAAGCAAUAACAAGAACAACAAGGGCCAAACUGCAAAUAAUAACAACAAUAAUGGUGGUGGUGGGAGGUGGAGUGAAAUGGAGAUAUCAAACUUGAUACAGUUGAGGACAGGGUUUGAAGAGAGAAUGAGGGAGAAUAAUAAUAAUAAUAAUGGUGGAGGAGGGUAUUAUUUUGAGAGUAAUAAUAAUAAUAAUGGGGUAAGUAGUGUUUGGGAAGAGAUCUCAGGAAAAUUGGGAUGUUUGGGAUUUGAGAGAAGUUCAGAAGAGUGUAAGCAGAUUUGGGAUGAGAUCAGCAUCUCACUUGGGAGGACAAAUACUUCUGCUGCUGCUGCUGCUGCUGUUGCCAAAACCAAUAGGCCUUGGUGUUUGGAACUCAAGCUCACUGAUGAUGAUGAUGAUGAUGAUGAACAUCAUCAUGAUCAUGAUGAUCAUCACAUUUGACCGUACAUACAUUUCUACUUAUAUUGCAUCAUCGUAUUGCAUUGUGUUAUUUCUAAUUAUUUUUUAUGGAAUAUUAUGUAUCCGCUUACUUCUUGUUGAAUGUCAUGACCAUGUAG